GGUUGUGUGACGUCAGAGCAGCGGAAGUGAUGCGUGUUGCUUUGGACAGUGGCUAAUCCCUUUGGUUUUGAUGCUACUGGAUUUCUCCGUUAGGACAAAUGGACCAUGAUUUGACUUUAGUUCACUUCGAGUUUAUUUAGAGGAGAAGUAUAAGGACAUGGAGGGGUCUCGCCGGACUGAAAGCGACUGGCAGGGGAUGCUCAACGAGUUUCUAGUCUGCAAGAGAAAGCUCGAAAGCAAAAAAGAAGCCCUUCUGAUCCUGUCCAAAGAGCUGGACACAUGUCAGCAGGAGAGGGACCAGUACAAACUAAUGGCUAACCAGCUCAGAGAGCGCCAUCAAGGACUUAAGAAGAAAUACAGGGAGCUCAUAGACGGAGAUACCUCUCUUCCACCUGAAAAGCGAAACCAAGUCACUUUGGCACAGUUACUGAGAGACUCAAGAGAAAGAAGCCAACAGCUUUCUGAUGAACUGAAAGAAGUGAAACAAAGACUUACAGAAGCUCAGGGUGACAAUAAGCUGCUGAGGAUGACCAUUACCAAACAAAGACUGGGGGACGAUGAGGUCGGAAUGCGCCAUUUUCCUGCUCACGAACGAGAGGAUCUAGUCAGGCAGUUGGAGGAAGCAAGAGAACAGAAUGAGCUGCUGGACCACAGUGUUAAGUCCGUGACAGAUGAGCUGCAGGACAUACGAGCAGAGCGGGAUGUGUUUCAACAAAAGGCUCAUCGUCUCAAUGUGGAAAUGAAUCACCUCCUUGGCAAUGAUGAAAUCCGAAUGCUGGAUGUAGAUGCGCUGUGCAUGGAAAACAGAUAUUUACAUGAGAGACUUAAUCAGCUACAAGAAGAAGUUGCCAUUUUAAAAUCAAAUCUAUCCAAGUAUAAGACUGCUUUGGAGUGUCGAAAAAACUCUAAAAUUAGUGGUAAACCCAACAGUAGUGCGCUCACAGGUGUGCUCUCUGCCAAACAAGUGAAGGAACUGUUGUUGUCUGAGGAAAAUGGCUGUAGCUUGCCGGUCACUCCCCAGUCCAUCUCAGAUCUCAAAUCUUUGGCCACAGCUCUCUUAGAAACCAUCCACGAGAAGAACAUGGUGAUACAACACCAGCGCCAAAUCAACAAGAUUCUUGGGAAUCGCGUGGCAGAAUUGGAGAACAAAUUUAAAUCAUUGGAGAUGUCGGGAUUAUGGAGUCUGCCUGGCUUAACUUAUGAUGUUUCUCUGGGGUAUAAUGGAAGAGGAAAAGACACCAUUAUUAUUCAUGAGCAGGCCCCUGAGUCCUCAAACUGCAGUGUUAGUGAAGGUGAAAAUGAACCCAAACAACUCAAAGAAGAACCAAAUUUUCCAGCAUCUCAAUCUUCAGCUUCAGUGGAAGGGUCAGAGCUGAGCCAACUGUCCCCUCCCCAGAAAGAUGAUCAACAAACCAGCAGCUCGGUGCCUCAAACUGUGGAACUAGGUGAUACGAAUACAGAUGAAACUGGACUUUAUGAGGAUACUACUGCUAUUACUACUAUUACACAGGACAAUUUAAAUCAGACGGAUAAUCUGGAUUGUGAGACUGACAAAGACACUGAGCAGGAUGAAACGGUCCACUGUGUUCAAACCACAGAAGAGCUUUCUUCUUUCACCGCUGCUUCAAACACGGAGGAGGGUGCACCGUUACCCCAAGAGACAGACCCAAAUACAAACGGAACUGACUCUUCCAAUGAGGAAGGGAAUACUUAAAGACAAGACGACACAGAUGAAUACAUUUAUUUUUAUUUAUAAGUGAACACAAGGCAACACAGAUGAACACAUUUAGAUGUAUUUACCACUGCUUCAAACAUGUAGGAGGAUGCCCUGUUACCCCAAGAGGCAUAAGCAAAUACAAAUGAAACUGACUCUUCAAAUGAGAAUGUGUGAUUAGUGAAGACAAGGCAAGGCUUAUUUAUAUAGCACAAUUCGUACACAGAGUAUUUCAAAGUGCUUUACAGAAUAAGAAAGACAUUAAAAUCACAAUUCAGCAAAUCAAAACAUAAAUAAUCAUCAUGAAACUAACAUUAAAAUAGAAGAAUGUAGAAUAAAAACCUCAUAUGCACAGAUAAACAGAACCGUCAAGACAAGACAACACAGAUGAGCACAUUUAUAUUUAUGUAUAAUUAGUGAACACAAGACACAUUUAUUUUUAUUUAUUAUUAGUGACCAAGAAGAUUGUUUCUAUAAAUGACACCAAUGACGUUGUUCAACCAGUAAAAACAGACAGUUGACUGUGGUCAGGUGCAAUAGUUUAUUGCAUGUAAUUUAUUCUUCAGGUUUUAUGAGGAAGUUGAUUACACACAUUGUGGUAUAGAGUUUUAACAUCACACUAAUGUUGAUCAAUACAUUUUGUUACCAAACCAAAUGAGUUAAACCUAAUUAUCUCAAACUUUACUUUCACUUUCAGCACGUGAAUGUUUAAAGUACUUUUUU